UUGUGACUUGCGCUCAGAGUGUAGCGGCUCGGGUUAGCAACGAGACGCAGCAGUAGCCUAUACCCACAACAUUAACAGUGUGGCUAGCUAGCUUAAAUGAGAUUUAGCUAGUUAUUAAAUGUACUGUGUUCUGUUGGGACCAACUCAUUCACGAACAGACUCUGCGCGAGUGAAGAGCGAACCACGGUGCGCAAAGAUUGACCAACAUCUGUUCCAUUGUUGCCGGGCUGUAGCCGAAUAAUUAUCCACAUUGAGAAGAGUGGUAAAGGGACUCUACGCCUCCUACAUUGGAGAUCUGUCUGUUUCUAUUUGCAACAACCAAUACAGAUCUCGUUCAGUCUAAUCUCAAGAGGAGAGAGAAUUAAGCAGCAAGUUUGGCCGAAGUCUACCCUAUGGAUUUAGCACUUUCUGUCGCGUGAGCCCCUGGAAAGAAGGAGACGGGCGCGCGAGCCUCAUUCUGACGUGAGAACACAAUCUGCUCAGGGUGAAGUGGACUCUGUGCCCCAGUCGGAAGGAUCAGCUCUAGCUCCUUCCCAGCUUGCUCACCACCGACCUGCUGUCCUUCAUGUUUUGGUUGUUUUGAUGGAUUUAUAAGUGCAUCUCAGAGGGUUCCACCCGGGCGCACACUGAAGAAAAUCACCAAAGACAACAACUAAAAAGGAUUGGACAGAAAUCCAAAUGAGGAUUCCAAUAUUGACCUCGAUCAAAUGGAACUAGGAUAUUCUGGUGCCUAAUCGAACUUUAUCAAGGAUUGAUCAUUACGAGAAAAUAACGAAAUUAAAGGUCCAGUUUUUGGGGUGUGUGUUGAGUUUGCCAAUGCCCGGAAUCGCUGUGUGAGACCAGGGUUGCCCCCUUCAUUCUUCACACACACACACACACACACACACACACACACACACACACACACACACACACACACACACACACACACACACACACACACACACACACACACACACACACACACACACACACACACACACACACACACACAUCUGCAAGAUGGUGAAUGUCUACACGGCUUGCAUCGUCAUACACUGUCUGACUGUUGGACUCCUGGCCAAAGCCAUCGGGUCAGAAGACGGAAAAACAGAAGAUUUGACGGUGUCUCGGCCACUCAUCUUGCCUGGUUACCCUGAGAAUGCUACGGCGGUUGUGGGGGGACAGGUGAAGCUGCUGUGUAAGGUCCACCGGCCAGCCAUCACCAAGGUCCAGUGGCUAAAAAGAGACGAAGAGCGCCUGGGAGCCGAGGGCCAGCCACAUCUCAGAACUCUGGAGGCCCUACAGAGCAACAUCUCCAAUGUGAACAUUCUGUCUCUGAGCAAUGUGUCUCUGGAGGAUGCUGGAGAGUACAUCUGUAUGGCUGAGGCCACUACACACGCUGGACUACAGCUACAGUCCAUGCAGUCUGCCUGGCUACAGGUUCUACCAGGGACCCUGCUCUCCCGUUACCUGGACCAGAGUACGCCCAUUGAAGUCCCAGCAGAUGUCCUGGAGGACCUUAGUGAGGACACCACUGAGCACCUGCUCCUGGAACCGGGUGAUGUCCUCAAGCUGCGCUGUGACACCAAUCGGCCGGGGGGCGUGUACUGGUACAAGGAGGGGACCCGGGUGAUGCACACCGCCCGCAUCCAGAUCCGCGGGGGCGUUAUGGAGAUCACGGACGUGACGUACGAGGAUUCUGGGGUGUACGUAUGUGUCCUCCGCGGGACCAAGGAGCCCCUGAGGAACUUCACCAUCACUGUAGCAGACUUACUGGGCUCAGGUGAUGAUGAUGAGGACAACGGUCUAGAAGACACGUCGGCUGAGAUUGAGAAUGAUCAGGUCUACUUCACAAGAGGUCCCUACUGGACCCACACCCAGCGCAUGGAGAAGAAGCUGUACGCAGUGCCGGCAGGGAACACGGUCAAGUUCCGCUGCCCGGCCAUGGGCAGCCCUCUGCCCUCCAUCCGCUGGCUGAGGAACGGACGUGAGUUCAGGGGAGAGCACCGCAUCGGAGGCAUCAAGUUGAGACACCAGCACUGGAGCCUGGUGAUGGAGAGUGUGGUGCCUUCAGACCGUGGGAACUACACCUGUCUGGUGGAGAACAAAUACGGCUCCAUCACACACAGCUACCUUCUGGACGUGCUGGAGCGCUCCCCACACAGGCCUAUCCUGCAGGCUGGUCUGCCAGCCAACACUACAGCAGUGGUGGGCACUGAUGUCCAGUUCUUCUGUAAGGUCUACAGCGAUGCCCAGCCCCACAUCCAGUGGCUGAAACACAUUGAGAGAAACGGCAGCCGCUACGGCCCCGAUGGGACUCCCUACGUUCAGAUACUGAAGACAGGCAGCCUCAACAUGUCAGAGGUGGAAGUUCUCUACCUGACUAAGGUGACCGUGGAGGAUGCUGGAGAGUACACCUGUCUGGCUGGAAACUCCAUUGGCUUCUCCCACCAGUCUGCCUGGCUCACCGUCCUCUUGGAGGAGGACGUGGCUGACGAGGUGGACCUAAUGGAGACCAAGUACACUGACAUCAUCAUCUACGCGUCUGGCUUCCUGGCUCUGGUUAUGGCCAUCGUUAUCGUGGUGCUGUGUCGCAUGCAGGUCAACCCCAGCAGAGAACCCUUCGAUGUCCUCCCCGUCCAGAAACUCUCCAAGUUCCCCCUCCGCAGACAGUACUCUGUGGAGUCUAACUCGUCAGGAAAGUCCAGUGCGUCUCUGAUGAGAGUGGCCCGCCUGUCUUCCAGCUGCUCCCCUAUGCUAGCCGGAGUCAUGGAGUUUGAACUGCCCUACGACCCCGACUGGGAGUUUCCCAGGGAGAAUCUGACGUUAGGGAAGCCACUGGGUGAGGGUUGUUUCGGCCAAGUGGUCAGAGCUGAGGCCUAUGGGCUCAACAAGGACCAUCAGGAGAACAUCUCCACUGUGGCUGUCAAAAUGCUGAAAGAUGAUGCCACAGACAAAGACCUGUCAGACCUCAUAUCUGAGAUGGAGCUGAUGAAGGUGAUGGACAAGCACAAGAACAUCAUUAACCUCCUGGGGGUGUGCACAGAAGAUGGUCCUCUGUACGUGCUGGUGGAGUAUGCGUCUAAAGGCAGCCUCAGGGAGUACCUGCGGGCCCGCCGGCCACCUGGCAUGGACUACACCUUUGAUGUGACCAAAGUGCCCGAGGAGCAGCUCACCUUCAAAGACCUGCUGUCCUGUGCCUACCAGGUGGCACGUGGCAUGGAGUACCUGGCCUCCAAAAGGUGCAUCCACAGAGACCUUGCUGCCAGAAACGUCCUCGUCACGGAAGACAACGUCAUGAAAAUCGCAGACUUUGGCCUUGCUAGAGGAGUGCACCAGAUUGACUACUACAAAAAAACCACCAACGGACGUCUGCCAGUGAAGUGGAUGGCACCAGAGGCCUUGUUCGACCGAGUCUACACACACCAGAGUGACGUGUGGUCGUUUGGGGUGCUGAUGUGGGAGAUCUUUACCUUGGGGGGCUCGCCCUACCCCGGUAUCCCUGUGGAGGAGCUCUUCAAGCUGCUGAAAGAAGGCCACCGCAUGGACAAACCCUCCAACUGCACACACGAGCUCUACAUGAAGAUGAGGGAGUGCUGGCAUGCCGUGCCCACACAACGACCCACCUUCAAACAGCUGGUGGAGGAGCUGGACAGAGUGCUGCUGUCUAUCUCUGACGAGUACCUGGACCUGUCAACACCUUUCGAACAGUACUCCCCAUCGUGCGAGGACACUUCCAGCUCUUGCUCCUCGGACAAUGACUCUGUCUUUACCCACGAUGCCCUGUCCACCAACCCCUGUCUGUUGGGUUACCACGACGUGAAUUCUCGGAUUGACCUGAAACCGGCACUGCGGUAGACAGCGGCUCCAAUGCGAGUCCUCUGUCUCAAAGGGCAUUACAUGGAGAAGUUUACUUUGGGAAACGAUCAUGUUGCAUGAAAAGUGGUACUUGGACUGUCUGCUCUGGCACUGUGCCCAACAACAGUAUCUCAAACUUUGGCACUACAGAACCCUGGUCAUCUAAAAUGGCUGCCUCUUAUCAGGUUUGGGUUUUUACAGUAAAAGGACUCUCUUUUGUUUGGGUCUCUACAGAGAGGAUGGACAAUGGUCAUCUUGUACUCAAACUCAUCUGAGCUAGCAUCCGAACAGUAUCCAAACUGAGCUUUUAAAACAGAAAAAGAAGUUUUAACAUAAAAUAUUUAUUUUGAUAUGGGAAAAAAACAGAGAAGCUGAUUGUUAAAUAUAAAUCUCUCUAUAUAUAAGAUUAUUUUACAUUUUGCUAUUUAAAAUUGUCUUAAAUCUCAGGAUCUCUUGUGUUAAAAAGUUGCUGUAGAGGCAGCAAAGUGCCUGAUUUUUUUUCUUCCUGUGAAUAUAAAUCUAAAAAUGUUUUAUGUACAUAUCAUAAAAAAUACAAUUACCUUUUAUAAAUUAUUCUAAAUGAUACAAAAAUGAAGGUGUUCAACUGAGGUGAAGAAAGAAAUAAUGUAUUCAAGCGUUUUAACGGCCAAAAUGUCCUCGCAAUUCACCUUCCAUUUCAUCAAAAUCCCUUCAGUCCUCUGUUUGUACGCUGCUCUGGCCUUUGUAUUGCAUCCAGGCCAAUCGCCAAAGCCCUCAGAACCCCCAAUCCCUUAUGCUUUCAAUUGUUGCAAACAUAAACUAACUAUAAGAACAGUAUGGUCUGGGGGUCUGGGCCCUGAAAGAGAAGAAUACAAUUAAACACAGGACACUGUGGGGGGACAGGGGGAGCAGCCCAGCUUCCACUGUCAAUGCUGUAUGAAAAGAAAAGGACUGGACCUGAAGGUCUGAAUGUGAAAAGCCCAGUGUGAUUGAUUUUGAAUCGUCCUCUUUUGUUUCCCCUUUAACCAGGCCCAGUGUGUUUGUAGAGGUACAGGCUGAGGCUGAGGCUGGGCCUGGACAAUAGGGUCUUUGGCAGUCCUGAUGGGUGUGACUGUGGGGACAGGGAUGGUGGGGGGAUCCGGUAGCCUCAGCCCGUCAGCACCUCAGCCUGGGCCUGUGUGCAAAUGAAGACUCCCUUAUUAUGAUAAUGCUUGGCUCCCAGUGAUACCAAUCUUUAUUCUGCUACCAUCUUUUAAUAUACAUAUGCUAAUUCUUAUGCUUUGUUAAAAUUGGGGAGAAUACUCUAAAUGUCCUCCAGGGAAUGCAAAUGGUUCACCUCGAAUCAUAUAGAUAAGCCUCCAAUGUUGUUGUUUCAACAACGCUUCAGAAUCUAACUGCCCCGACUGUUUUUCAUUCAGAAUACUCACAAGCAUUUGUAUAAAAAUGGUGGUGUUGUGGGUUGAAAGCAAAGCAUAAUGCACAUACAGUAACAAGCAAUUCAGGUACCAGGGCAGUGGGACUGGCUACCUACCUUUUUGUGUACAAUGAUGUCCUUACCGUUCAGGUGUGAGAUUUAUUUGGUGGGUCAUCAUUUUUUGGAAAACGAAACAUUUAGCAAUUUAGCUCAAAAAUCGUUUUUUUCUACUCGAAAGCAGCAUGACCUCCAACUGAAAACCAAACCAUGAGCUACAGAACAGCCUAUAUGCAUUUAACUUAGCCCUUCAACAUCGAGAGUUGUAUCACAAUAAUCCUCAGUGUUGUUGUUUUGAUUCCCGUACUACACAACGUCAGGAUCAACUGCAUGACAUUCCAUUUAUGUACGCCCAAUACAAUUGUAACAAUCACAAUGUUCUUUAAUAAAAAUUCAUCAAGAUCAUUAUUUUAGAAAUAUGUAAUUUAUUUGUUUAUUGUUUUGUUUUUGUAUGAAAUAAAGUAUAAUUUAAAAGAG